CUGGAACUCAUACUAUCCUCCUGUCCUGCACUUCUGCUCGAUCCUGUGGAAGACCUCUCUAGCCUGACAAAAUGUGUGACCAGUUUGUGGGCACCUGGAAGCUCCUUUCUAGUGAAAACUUUGAGGACUAUAUGAAAGAACUGGGUGUGGGGUUUGCUACCAGGAAAAUGGCUGGUGUGGCCAAGCCCAGUGUAACUAUCAGCAUUAGUGGUGAUGUGAUAACCAUCAAAACAGAAAGCACCUUCAAAAAUACAGAGAUGUCUUUCAAGCUGGGUGAAGAGUUUGAUGAGACCACAGCAGAUGACAGAAAAACAAAGAACGUCAUAACCCUAGACAACGGCACACUGAACCAGGUGCAGAAGUGGGAUGGAAAAGAGACCAUCAUAAAGAGAAAAGUGGUGGAUGGGAACCUGGUGGUGGAAUGCACCAUGAAUAAUGUUAACUGCAAAAGAGUUUAUGAAAAAGCAUGAAGAAGCCACCUUCACACAGGACUAACGCCUAAAGCCAGAGAAAACCAACUUAACCAAAGGAGAAAAACUCCACAAAUCUGUUUUAAAGAGAACUGUACUUUUUAUAGAUAUAUCCCAAAACAGUUAUUAAUUUGUUAUGGCUAUUCAAUAAAGUGUUCAGCUUUCUACAA